AUGAACCUAACCUGGUCCAUCAUCUACAUACAUAAUCUAGUCCGUCCUUACAUUUGCAACGUUACCAGCCGUAGUCAUGCCCUGACAUCUCAGCAGAUAUUGUGUGUUGCGCUGCAUUUUUUUGCAAAUGGGUGUUUUCUUUACAAUGUCGGAGAUGCAGAGCACUUGAGCAAGGCGACUCUGAGAAAAGUGUGCCUCGCCCUGAAACGGCUUUUACCAAUCUUUGUCGUUUUCCCUGGACAUAAACCUGUCAGAGUCAUCAAGGAGGAGUUCCACAGGAUUGCAGGAUUUCCCAGUGUGAUUGGCUGCAUAGAUGGAACACUUAUCCCCAUCACAGCUCCUUCACAUAAUGAAGCAGACUAUGUGAAUCGGAAGUCCAUUCACAGCAUAAAUGUGCAGAUCAUAUGUGAUGCCGGAUACAUUAUUUCCAAUGUGGAGGCCAAGUGGCCUGGGUCUGUUCAUGACUCAAGGAUUUAUCACGAGUCUAACCUGAGCAACAGACUGCAACGUGGAGAGUUUGACGGCCUUCUGCUGGGUGACAGGGGUUACCCAUGCCAACCCAGGCUGCUGACCCCUUACCCUGACCUUGAACCAGGCCCCCGACAGAACUUCAAUCGGGCUCACUGCAGGACGAGAACCCAGGUGGAGAUUACCAUAGGCCUGCUGAAAGCCCGUUUCCAGUGCCUACGUCGCCUGAGGGUGACCCCUGCGAGGGCCUGUGAUAUUAUUGUGGCUUGUGUUGGUCUUCAUAAUAUUGCUACUAUUAGAGGAGAGCAACAAAACUUCCACAGCACCAGCAGUCCACUGUGUAGAAGAUUGCAGAUGCAAGAUGCAGAUGUCUGUGAUGUGGAUUGGAGAGUUGUGAAGUGGCGUGAGGACAGAGCUACUGGUGUCAGGGAUGCUCCAGAGUGGAGGGAGGAGGUGCAGACAACUCCCUCUGCACCCUCUUCAACUCAGUUCUUUCUGAACAGACUGCACUGGGAGUACUGGGAGUAUAGCAUCAUGUGCUUCACUGAGACGUGCCUGAACAAAUUCACGCCGGACACUUAUGUCGCUUUGGACAAUUUUCAUCUGCUGGGAGUGGACACAUGA